AUGGCCCCCAAGAACAGAUCUGCUGUCACCUACACCAUGUUAAUCUGUGGAAUGCAAUUUGUGUUGAUAUUUUCAAUUGCAAUAAUUGUGGGUUUUAGCUUCUGUACCCAAUCCAACGAGAAGAAACUCAUGUUUAUAUCUUAUCUCCACAAGUCUGUGUGGUACUCCAAACCAACGCCUCAGCAAAAGAAUUCCAUCAAUACAACCACCCACCUCACCACGGCAGAGGCAAUGGCAGCUCCUUGCCUUCCAAACUGGACGUUCAAUAACCUGACUGCCAAUCUCAAGCCAAUCUAUAAGGACUUCAUGGUGUACCGACAUUGCAGGGACUUCACGAGUAUCCACAAGGCCAACGUGUGCAAGGGGAAGGACAUUUUCUUGUUAUUGGUCAUCAAGUCUUUGGCAGGGAAUGCAGACCGUCGAGCCUCAGUCCGUAGCACGUGGGGACAAGAGAGGAGAGUAGAUGGAUUAUCUAUCCGCCGUGUCUUCCUCCUGGGGCGGAUGGAGAGCCAGAUCCAUUCACAGUCUGUGCAGUCACUGGUGGAUCAUGAGACAAAGGUCUAUGGUGACAUAAUCCAGUGGGACUUCCGCGAGUCCUUCUUCAAUGUCACACUGAAGGAGACCCUCUUCUGGAAGUGGUUCACCGAGGAAUGCCAGGACGUGAAGUUUGUCCUGAAGGGUGAUGAUGACAUGUUUGUUAACGUGGAAAAUCUUGUGGAAUAUCUGAAGGAGUUCGAUGCUUCCCAAGACCUUUACGUCGGGGAUGUUUUCAGGAACUGGUAUCCGGAUAGGGUUGUUUCCAGUAAAUACUACAUUCCCCUAUUUCUGUAUGGGAAGAAACCUUACCCUCCCUAUGCCGGUGGGGGUGGUUACCUGUUGUCUGGAAUGUCAGUUCGGAAACUUCACAAUGCCUCCAAAUUCGAGGAGCUCUUCCCCAUCGAUGACGCUUUUGUGGGAAUUUGUGCCCAGAGGGCCAAAAUUGAAGUGGUCUCUCACCAAGGCUUCAGGACAUUUGGAAAUAUUCCAUAUGACCCGUGCAUUUACAAAAUGUUAAUGGUCAUUCACAGAGUGACACCCAAUGAGCUGUGGUUGAUUUGGAGCUUGCUUAAUGAUGUAACCAAGCAGUGUGUCCACUCUUUGAAAGUUUAA